CUCACCUUUAGCAACCAGGAAGUGAUUGACACACACGCACACACACACACACACACCCUCCGAGGAAACCAUAACACAACACACUCCAGAAAGCCUGUGAUGUUGAAAUGAAGAUUGAUGAAAAAAUUGUGACCUAUUUUGAAUCCUGUAACUCACCUGUGGACAAGGAGGGGUUCCUCUACAAGAAGGGUGAGAUAAAGACUUCCUAUCAGAAGCGCUGGUUUGUGCUGAAGGGGAACCUCCUCUUCUACAAGGACCGGCCGGCCGACCGCGACCCCAUAGGAGUGAUUGUCCUGGAGGGCUGCACCGUCCAGCUGUGCGAGUCCGAGGAGCAGUUCGCCUUCUCGCUGGUCUGGAGCGAGCCUGGGCUGCGGACGUACAAGUUUGCCGCCGAGGACCAGGCCAGUCAGGAGAGCUGGAUCAAAGCCCUGCUGUCAGCCAACCACAACUACUUGGCCCUGCUGGUGAUGGACCUGGAGAACAAGUACAAAGACGCCUUAGUUGCGUUCCCCAAUGAAACAGCCAAAUCUUUCACCAUGCCAAAUUUCAACACAACAGAGGCGGGAUAUUCCGCAGCCUAUCAGAGUGCGCAGGCUUCAAUGAUGCCUCCAUACUCAGCACCAGGUGCGGCAGCAGGACCCACUCUGGGCUCCAAUGUGAUGCUUCAGACUCUGGCCAUUUCCUCCAAAACAGCCAGUAAGAGAUCACCUAAACUGUGGCCCAAGAGGAAUGCAAAUGUGGUGCCUGUUAACACCCCAGCUCCGCCCAUGGGGGAGUGGCCAGCAGUCUGCUUUAACAAGGAUGACUUUAGUAAACUGCAUGAAGAUUUUGGAAAAGAAGUCAAGGAACUGAUUGCCAGAUGGUCGAAAAGAGGACAAGGAGGAGAAGCUGCUCAGGGAGAGAACUUAAUAGAUUUUGGUUGAUAAAUGUGAAAUGUACACGGGGUCUAAACCUUAAUUUCAGUAACCAAUGUUUCCAUUACAAAGCUAUAAUGUAAAUAGGAAUUAGAAUUACAGAAACUAUUGUUGAGGCAUAUUUAAGAUAUACUUGUACAUAUUUGUAGUUGAAGAAUUGUUUGUUUUUUACUCAUCAUAGAGUCAUUAAAUGAUCUAUGAUCUCCUGCUCUAUUGACCAUU